UUUCAUCUCGUAUAAAAGUCUGCGAGCCCGCUCAAGAUGCAACACUAGCUACGACAUCCCACAUACACCAAGACACUAUGGCAGCGGCACCUGAGUGGCUGACGCACGAUUACAUCAGGCAUGCGUUGAGGGUGCACUACGAUGACGCCGAGCUGAAGAUUGUGCAGCUUGACGUAAAUCCGGCUCUGGGCCCGGGCGAGAACUACGGCGGUGUGCUCACCAGGGUGCGGGUGCGCUUCACACUCUCCCAGGAACCAGCAGAUGAGUUGCUUCAGAACCUGAUAGUGAAAACCUCCAUUGAUGACGACGAGCUGUCUAAGGAGCUGAUGGCUCCGUAUGAUAUCUACAAUCGGGAAAUGAACAUAUACGAGCAGGUGUUACCGAAAUUGAAUGAGCUGCUCAAGGAGAUCGAUGAGUUCGAGCCGUUGUUUCCCACGGCCAUCUUCGUGGAUCGCGAGCGCAUGGCCAUCAUAUUCGAGGAUCUCAGCGUAGACAACUAUGUGAUGGCCGAUCGGAUCAAGCGCCUGGACAAGGAGCACGCCCACCUGAUUCUGCGCAAGCUGGCCAAGAUGCAUGCCACUUCGGCUGCAUUGAAUGAGCGAAGCCGUGGCAGCUUGGAGAAAUAUGAUCGGGGGUUUUUUAAUCGCUAUACCAAUGCCUACAGUGGAUACUUUGUGGGCGGCCUGCUGGCCGCAGCGCGAUGGAUGAGCCAGGAGCCUGAGAUUGCGCACUAUGGGCAGAAAUUGUUCGAGCUAGCCCCGCACUACAUGGACAUAGGCCGCAAUUGCUUUGCCCCGCUAAACGACUCUGUGAACGUCCUGGCCCAUGGAGAUGUCUGGACCAACAAUGUGAUGGUCAAAUACGAUGCGGACACGGGUCGUCCAGUGGACAUUCUCCUUAUUGACUUUCAAUACUCCUUUUGGGGAUCGCCCACCAUAGACUUGCACCAUUUCUUCAAUACAUCGCUGAGGGAGCCCCUGCGGCGAGAGGAGCAGAGCUCCCUUAUUGAGUUCUAUCAUCGCAUCUUCAGAGAUGUUCUCAGAAAACUCAACUACAAAGCGAAUCCCAUUCCCAGUUUGCAUCAGUUUCAGCUGCAAGCCGAGCAAAAACGAUUUUUCGCUUUGCACUCGGCUGUUGUGGUGCAGCCCGUCAUGAUCAGCGAGGACCCAACGGACGCCUGUUUCAAUGCUCUCAUGAACGACGAUGAGCGUGCGACUCGGUUUAAGAAUCGGCUAUAUAACAACCCCAUAGUUCAGCAGAAUCUCAAGGCGCUGAUGCCAGUUUUUGAUAAAAAGGGGCUCCUGGAGAUUAAUCAGUGCUGUUAAACGA